AUGGCGGCGGAGGUGUUGUCGAGUGCCAGGUGGCUGUACUGUGGGGAGCCCGACGACAGCCACAGAGCAGUACUGGUCCAGUUCUCCAAUGGGAAGCUGCAGAAUCCAGGCAACAUGCGCUUUACCUUGUACAAGAGCAAUGACUCCACAAACCCCAGGAAGAGAGGUCAGCGGAUCCUGACAGCUGAAACAGACAGACUUUCCUAUGUGGGAAACAAUUUUGGGACUGGAGCCCUCAAAUGCAACACUCUGUGCAGGCACUUUGUGGGAGUCCUGAACAAGACCUCCGGCCAGAUGGAGGUGUAUGAUGCUGAAUUGUUCAACAUGCAGCCACUGUUUUCAGAUGAAUCAGUCGAGAGUGACUCGACACGAGAGAAUGAGGCCAAAACUUUUAGAGAAAAGAUGGAUUCUUGCAUUGAAGCCUUUGGAACCACCAAACAGAAGCGGGCUUUGAAUUCCAGAAGAAUGAACAGAGUUGGCAAUGAAUCUCUGAAUUGUGCAGUAGCUAAAGCCGCAGAGAAUAUUAUUGAUGCAAAGGGUGUGACUGCUCUGGUCAGUGAUGCCAUCCGUGAUGAACUGCAAGAUGACUCCCUGUACCUUCCUCCCUGCCAUGCUGAUGCAGCCAAGCCUGAAGACGUGUACAAAUUUGAAGACCUUCUCUCCCCUGCUGAGUAUGAAGCUCUUCAAAGCCCAUCUGAAGCUUUCAGGAAUGUCUCAUCAGAGGAAAUCCUGAAGAUGAUCGAAGAGAACAGCCACUGCUCCUUUGUCAUAGAAGCGUUGAAGUCUUUGCCAUCUGAUGAGGAGAGCCGAGACCGCCAGGCCCGAUGCAUAUGGUUUCUGGACACGCUCAUCAAAUUUCGAGCACAAAAAGUGAUUAAGCGGAAAAGUGCCCUGGGACCUGGGGUCCCCCACAUCAUCAGCACCAAGCUGCUGAAGCACUUCACCUGCUUGACCUACAACAACGGCAGCCUACGGAACUUAAUUUCGGAUUCGAUGAAGGCGAAGGUCACCGCGUAUGUAAUCAUACUGGCUUUGCACAUAAGCGACUUCCAGAUUGACCUGACACUGUUACAGAGGGACUUGAAGCUCAGCGAGAGAAGGAUGAUGGAGAUAGCGAGGGCCAUGAGGCUGAAGAUCUCUAAGAGAAGGGUGUCUCUGGCAGCUGGCGGGGAGGAGGAUCACAAACUGGGCACUCUGUCCAUCCCGCUGCCUCCAGCCCAGACCUCGGACCGCCAGUCAAAGCGGAGGAGGAUCACCUAG